UGUUGAUUGUUUGCCAGCAACAAAGGCUGACAUGCGAGCGCAUCAGGAGAAGUGUUUGGUUUGAGUUGGAUCUGGCUAUAAUGGGUCCAUUGAAACCCACAGAGAAACAGUGCCAUGCAUUUUUAAUCAGACAGCUUCUGAGGUCGCUUUCUCCAGUCUGAGGAUGUGAAUUAUGAGCACCUGUGGGACCAAACCGUCACAAAGACAAUGACAUUACCUCACGACAGGAAGACGUGGGAUUUUCACUCCCAAUAAUUGAUGCAAGACAGAGCACCAGAACUGGGGGCUCGUACGGGAAUGUGCGCUGCGUGAAAAAACAAGUACAGAAGCAAAUCUCUGGGAUUACAGUAUCUUCUCUGGUGGGCUGCCGCAGAUAAUUCCUUCAUUGGACACAUUGGUUGGAUGGUGGAAGCAUGAGGAUGAGGGCAUGGCUGAGCGUUGCGUGCGGGUUGAUGAGCUUGUCCUGUGAGGCUGUGAGGAGUUGUGCAGAGAUCCAGUGUGAUGAAGAUCAGCGGUGCUGCACUCAGAACAACAGCAUCACGACGGUCCACUGCUGCAAACUCCCCCUGCACGCUUUCCUCCACAACCUGGACUGGGUCGUCCGGAAGCUGUCGGGACUGCUGAUCCUGCUGUUGCUCUUCGUGGUGGGUUACUUCAUCCAGCGCGUGGUGUGUCCACGUCCCCGCCGUCAGACACACGAGGAGCCGUCUCUUCUCCACGGACACGCGUCCCAGGACUCCCUCACAGGGGACUUCAGCUCGCCGGUGCUGCUGCUUCCCACUUACGACGAGGUCAAAUAUCUGCCCACAUAUGAGGAGAUCAUGAUGGAGGGCAAUAGAGACAGUCUGAGCUCGGAGGAGAGACGUACGACCUUGCAAACAUCUAGAAGAGCCAGAAACUCACUAUAACUGAUUCUGGAACAGCUAAUGCAUUUAUAAUAAUGUGUCCUGCUUGUCAUUAGCAGCCUUUUUUCAUUAAGGUUUGUCUCUUACAAUGAAUUUAUUGUAAUAACUGUCUCUAGACUGAUCUAUCGCAUCCACACAAAUAUGCAAAAAUGUGUUAGUAACUGAUCUGAGCACAUGUGCUUGUGUGUACAGUCUGCGGAUUACAAUUUUCAUAAAAUUGCGAUUCUUGAAAUGCCACAUAUUUUAGAUGUAUCCCCAUUUUUUUUGUGGUUUAAAUUCAACAAAAAUUAAACAUAAAAAGCUGGCCAAAUAUCCUUUAUCAAAACACAUGCUGGUCUUACUGUGCACGUUACAGGUAUCAGAACCAAUAUAGAGAAGCACAGCUUAUGAGACCAUUGUUAGAUUUUAAACGUAAUUGUAUAAAGUUUACUUUAUUUUUCUCCCUGUUUACCAGCCACUCACUUUCAUGUCUUUCACGAGAAAUGGCUGAAUUUAUGUUCUGUAAAUCCGACAGGCUCUGACUGCACACACACACAAAAAAUGAAGCAAUCAACUAUUAAUUAUAAACUAAUUUAAAACAAAAUGCUUUUUACUUACAUAUAUUUGUUAGAUAUUUUACAAUCUAGUUACAGUAACAAUUCACGAAUAUUUUGAAUAAGAGAUAACAAUGUCAAAUUUUGUGAGGCAUCUGAAAAACCACAGACAGAAGUUGAAAAUGAAAUUGAGGACUGGACUUUAUUCUGUUAUGUUGUUUAUUUGAUAGGUGAACUGUCUUUGUAAUGUUAAGUGAAGGAGAGCUAAACGGGAGAUCCGCCUGCGAGUUCUUAAAGAGAAACACACUUUUCAGCUGAACAUUAUAAAUCUCUAUUUUUCUGCACUAAACUAGUGAAUUUUCCCAAGAUAUUUUCAGAGAUGAUAAACAAGAUGUUAUAGAAUAAUAAUUUAAUAAAAACCCAAUUUUGACUGACUUUCAGUCUACAUUUAGACUUUAAUGAAAACGUACCAGCGCAACAUCUGACGGGUUUUCCCAGAUCGCAUCACAUAUUACUUCUAAUUAGUACUGAAAUUAACCAAUAAAAGAAAUAGUUCACUUAAAAUUUUAAGUUCUAUCAUCAUUUACUCACCCUCAAGUUGUUUCAAA